AUGCCUGCACAUCACAACAUACUAUCUCAAAAAAGCAAGAAAGUCGAUAUCAGUACACCCCAUUCACAGGCGGCACAAGGCAUCAACAACAACAUGAACAACGCGCGGUCUCAGCCGGUACAAGAUAAUGAGGAUGCCGCUGAAGAGCCUCAAACGCGGGAAGUUUUCGAACCGAUUCACCAGCUAGCAUCUGACCUGGACGGUCCUCAAGAGGGAGUUGCUGCCGCUGCUGUCAAGGUGCUUAGUAUUGACCGAGCAGAGUCACGUCUUGACGAUUUAUCGAAGAUCCAAGCUAUCGCUGACGCCUGUGGUACUCCUCUUCACGCUAUCGUCAACCGUAUACAACAAGUACACAAUAAACUCCAAUCUGCCAUCGACAAGGCUAAACUUAUGAUUGCUAGUAACCCAUCAAAUAACUGCGAGGAAGAGGUAGACAAAGAUUUUGAGGACGGUCUUAUUUCUGACUGUAGCGCUGGAUCUGAUAUUCCAGCUGUGCCAAACUGUUUACAGCAGACUCCACAUAAGCAAGUCGAUCAAUCCCAAAUUUCUGUUGUUGAGCCUUCUGUAGCCGCAGAUGUUGCUUAUCCAAUGCUUCCGUGGAAAGCAGCUAAAUCGUCAGCCCGAAGAAUUGAUGUCAACCGUCGUCCAAGUUUCAGUGUAGCAUUAGACGAUGCUGCAACAUCUUCGGGUGCUGUUUCAUUGAGAAGAGGUAAGAGAAUUCGCGAAAGAGCACAGAAUCAGGAGAGAGAAGAUAAACGUCAACGCCGUUCAUAA